AUGCGGUUGUGGUGGAUUUUACUGUUUGGGUUCUGGAGCGUCAGUGGGGAGCUACCAUUUAUAGCGGAGAACAACGCGGCCAUGCUGGUCAACUGGAACGCCGUGGAUGGGAAUAAAAAGCUGUACGCCAUUUACGAUACGAGCAUCAACGAGCCAGGAAACAUGUCGUUUGUCAAAGAAACUGUGGACAAACUGUUGAAAGGAUAUGAUAUUCGUCUCCGGCCAGACUUUGGAGGUCCACCGGUUGCUGUUGGCAUGAGCAUUGAUGUGGCUAGCAUAGACAUGGUAUCAGAAGUUAAUAUGGACUACACGCUGACCAUGUACUUCCAGCAGUACUGGAGGGAUAAGAGGCUGGCCUACGUGGGGAUUCCCCUCAACCUGACGCUGGACAACAGAGUAGCAGACCAGCUCUGGGUCCCAGACACAUACUUCCUCAACGAUAAGAAAUCCUUUGUGCACGGGGUCACGGUUAAGAACCGAAUGAUUCGACUCCACCCGGAUGGAACCGUCCUCUACGGACUCAGAAUCACAACGACGGCGGCCUGCAUGAUGGACCUGCGGCGAUACCCGCUGGACGAACAGAACUGCACUCUGGAAAUCGAAAGUUACGGGUACACCACAGACGACAUAGAGUUCUACUGGAAAGGGGGAGACACGGCCGUUACCGGGGUGACCCGGAUCGAGCUUCCUCAGUUCUCUAUAGUCAACUACAAGCUCGUCUCCAGGAACGUGGUCUUCUCCACUGGUGCCUACCCCCGCUUGUCACUGAGCUUCAAGCUAAAGCGAAACAUCGGAUACUUCAUCCUACAGACGUACAUGCCCUCCAUCCUCAUCACCAUCCUGUCCUGGGUGUCCUUCUGGAUCAAUUAUGACGCCUCGGCUGCCAGGGUGGCUUUAGGGAUCACCACCGUGCUGACCAUGACGACCAUCAACACCCACUUGAGGGAAACCCUCCCCAAGAUCCCAUACGUGAAAGCCAUCGACAUGUACCUGAUGGGCUGCUUCGUGUUUGUUUUCCUGGCGUUGCUGGAGUACGCCUUCGUCAACUACAUCUUCUUCGGACGCGGUCCGCAGAUGCAGAAGAAACUGGCUCUGAAGGCGCUGAAGGCAAAUAACGAGCGUGGCAGGUUUGACCGACCCAAGUCCAUUCUGGAAGGAGUCAACUGGAAGACCUCGUCAUCUCUUAAACAGUCCAAUCAAGUUCAGAGCCGCCGUCACUCACAUCAGGUUGACUCCCGCGGGAAUGUUCUACUGACGUCCUUGGAGAUCCACAACGAGGUGGGAAGCAACGAGGUCACCACCACCCUGAGCGAGACACACAACUCCACCUCCAUGACGUUCGACAACUCAGGGGUCCAGUACAGGAAGCCCAGCGCACCCAACGAGGUGGGCCGCCACAGUCUGGACAGGAACGCGCAGUUCAAAAAAACCCGCCUGCGGAGACGAUCGUCGCAGCUCAAAAUCAAAAUCCCCGACCUCACCGACGUGAACGCAAUCGACAGGUGGUCGCGGAUUAUAUUCCCCUCCGCCUUCUCCCUAUUCAACAUCAUCUAUUGGCUUUAUUACGUCCACUAACACACUGUGGUUUUGUUUUGUUUUUCUUUUGGUUUUUUUUGUUUUUUUAAACCCAUCUUUGUCUCGUUCCGCUUCUGGAAUCGGAGAGAACAUUUCGAUGCAACACACCUAACGUGGUAAAAAAUCCUGAACGUUUCUGGACAUAGCGAGUGCAGACUUUGGCCGAGAGACCCGUCACUCAGACUGUGCGACGUCAUGUGGGUUUUUACUGAGGGGGGGGGGGGGACUUUGAACAGCUGGGAGACGAAACAUCUUUGCACCGCUGGAGAUCUGUUGCUAGGACACCAGUGUUUUUAACGUGAUCGCAUUAUCGCAGGUCUCUUUAUGACAAUUAUAUUAUUUGUCUACAAGUCUUCACUUUGGCUAAUGUGGAUGCUCAGAUUUCUACAUGCAGACUAAAAUCUGUCUUAAUCGUUGGAUGUUUUGGAGAAAUAUGGUUUUUAGCUCAGUUCAAGUGAAAUCACUGAUGAGUCUUACAGUGCCUUGCAAAAGGAUUUAAACCCCUUGAAUGUUUCCACGAUUUAUCACAUUUUAACCACAUAUUCGAAUGUUUCAACAUUUAUUUUAUGUGAUAGACCAACAUGCGCAACUGGGGCAACAUUUUAGGCGUGAGAUAAACAAUUUUGAAAAUCUACAUGAUUGCAUUGUUGCUCUGGCUGAAUGUUUUAGAUCAAAGUCCUACUAGAUGGUGAACCGCUUUUCCAAUUUCAAAUUUUCUGUAGCUUUAACCCUUGUGCGUGUGAGGACUGAGGCAAACGUAGAGGACUGUGGCAAAUGAUACA